GAACUGAUGCGGAACCUCAAGAGUGUGUUCGGCCUCCAUCGCUUCCGAGAUCAUCAAUUGGACGCUAUCAAUGCCGCCAUGGCUGGCAAGGAUGUGUUCGUGUUGAUGCCUACCGGCGGUGGCAAGUCUCUAUGUUACCAGCUUCCGGCGGUAUGCACGGGGGGCAAGGGCCGACGGGUUUCCUUCGUGGUCUCACCUCUGGUUGCCUUGAUCAAGGAUCAGUCCAAAGCGCUGAAGGACAAGGGCGUGGAUGUCGUGACAUUGGGCUCUGCCGACUCCGAUGCACACAGGACCGGAGCGAUGUCGAGGCUCACAGGCUCGGGUCGCAAGCCACAGAUCGUAUACCUGACACCAGAAAAGUUGAACACCCAUUACAUGCGCGGUAUUUUGGACAAACUUUAUAAGGAUGGCCAUAUAGCAAGGUUCGUUAUGGAUGAAGCUCAUUGUAUCACGUCAUGGGGCAGGAACUUUCGCGGUUCGUAUGCCAACCUUAACUGGUUGCGCGACACGUAUCCCGACGUCCCGAUCAUGGCGCUCACAGCCACUGCAAAAGCAGAAGACAUCAUUAACAUUCACAACCAUCUCAAACUCCGGGAUUGCGUAUUCAUUAAGUCCCCGUUCAACCGACCGAACCUCAAUUACGAAAUACGUCAGAAGGGCAGUAAGGUGGUGGCAGACAUCGCAGCGUACAUCAAAUCAACUCAUCCGAACGAAUCUGGAAUCAUAUAUUGCUUGAGUCGCAACAAGUGCGAGGAGAUUGCACAAGAGCUGAGAGACAAUUAUGCGCUCAGCGCCAGGCAUUUUCACGCCGCCAUGUCGGAUGAAGAUAAGCACAACGCCCAAAAGGCUUGGCAAGAAGGCGAGGGCGAGAUCAUCGUAGCCACCAUUGCCUUCGGAAUGGGCAUAGAUAAGCCUGAUGUGCGCUUUGUGAUUCACCAUCAUCUGCCGAAGAGCAUGGAAGGUUAUUAUCAGGAGACAGGUCGUGCAGGACGUGACAGACUUCCUGCGGAUUGUGUCCUCUACUUCACAUAUAAAGACAUCGCUAUCCUGAAGAAAAUGAUCUCAGAGUCCGAAGGUGUGGUCGAAGAAGAGAAACAGCGCCAGCUCGAUCAACUCGAAGAAGUGGUCAAAUUCUGCCAAAACAAGCAGCACUGUCGGCGUUCACUCAUGCUACGAUAUUUCGGCCAGCCGGAUUUCGAUCCCAAAGACUGCCGCAAAUUUUGUGACAAUUGUCGCGACAACGUCCAUACGGUGUCUGAGGACAUGACUGUCGUAGCGAGGGAUUUCCUUCAUCUCGUCCAAAGUACCACAGAGAAAGAGAACUUAACGAAGAAUCACUUGCAGGCCGUCUUUCGAGGUUCUAAGGCACAAAAAAUCCUCGCCAAUAAUCACGAUAAGCUACCUUGGUACGGUCGGGGCAAAGACAUCGAUGGGGAGAAGUGUGCGAUGCUCGUCGAGCACCUCUUGACGCAUGGGGCGCUCGUGGAAACCGGGGUCAAGAAUUCUGCAGGAUGGACGAACUCAUACAUGAAGGUCUGUGUUCAAAUAUGUGGUGGAAGACCGAUAUUCUGA